AUGAUCAAAGCAUUGGUGCUUUGGAUGAAGAGGAAGAUGGGAAGUGCCACAGGCAAACAAAAUAUCAUUACUGCAGACACUCCCCGAGACCAAGCACAAAUUUCAUGCCUCAGCCGUGGCCCCAGAGAAAGAAGUUCACCAUGCGACGAGGUUCCCCCUCCAGGCUUGUCCAAGAAUGACACUACGGUCCUGGCCAAGGUCAAGCGCAGGGCUUAUAUGUUAGACUAUGCCCUGUUCAACCUAUGUGGAAUCCAUUUUGGUUGGGGUAGUGUCAUUGGACUCGUGCCAUUAAUCGGUGAUUUUAGCGAUUUUCUUCUGGCGACGAUGGUCGUGAGAACUUGCGGAAAAAUCGACGGUGGACUUCCCAUAGCUCUGCGUUUGAAGAUGAUAGGCAAUAUAGGAUUGGACCUCAUCAUUGGACUGAUCCCUUUCAUUGGUGAUCUUGCUGAUGCGAUUUACAAGGCCAACACGAGAAAUGCGCACCUUCUUGAAGCCUACUUGCGUGAAAAGGUCUCCGAAACCGCCUAG